AAGAACACGACGAAGCACAAACCGAAGAAGAAGAAGGCUUCACUCAGGAUGAGGAGUUAUUAGCCCAUAAACUAGCUUAAUUUGACACUCGUUGGUUGUGUGUGGUUUUUUUUUGUCUGUUUUUUUUUUUUUAAAGAAUACUACCAGUAAUACAUUAAUUGGUCGAUAAAGGGAUAUUAAAGGUCAAAAAACGAAUCUACAACUAUCACUUGGUACAUCACUGCUCCCGCUGUUGAAGCUGCAGCCUGGUUACCAGAGAAGAUGCCAGCAGCGGAAGACUGUCACGGUGUCAACAAAGUCGUGGACAACAUCAGCAGGCUUUCUCCAGAUCUGCUAGCUGAUGCAUGUCAGCACAUUCUGACCUAUCUUCAAGGGCAGACUAGAGGAGUAGAUUCAGCUGAAAUUUCUGAUAGUGUUCAGAGAGCUGGAGUCAGACUUUACACUGAGGCUCUACAGAAUGUUAUCAGAUUUCUCUUGUUAACUUUCAGGUCAGCUGGGAAGAGCAACCUCUCUGCAGAUGACCUUGUGUCAAGGCUAGAAGAAGGCAGCAACAAGUGGCCCAAAGCUUCCCUUCAGGUGUUGCACAGGUUGUGGAGUGAACACGGUGCUUCAGUCCAUGCCCAGCAGAAACUCCAGGCCACGCUCAGCAUCAGCCAGUUAGUGGACAUGCAGUGGAAGCUCGGCAUGGCAGUGAGCUCCGACAUCUGCCGAUCUCUCAACUCACCAUAUGUGUCACUGCUGCUGAAGGUCGUAGAGCCCUCCGGACAGAUUUGUCAGAAGUCUUUUGAGUUGACUGUUCCACAGUUCCAGAACUUUCACAAGCAGUUCAAGGAGAUGGCAGCUGUUAUGGAGACUGUAUGAUGGUUCCAAGGACACCUAAGUGUUUGUUGCAGUGACACCCCUGUUUACACGUUACCACCGGAAGAACGGCUUUUUUACACAGCUGUUUGUCUGCUGGCUGUCCGGGAAUGUGGAUACAAAGGACUGCAAAUGUCAAUUUUUUCGGCUUUGCAUUGCACUUCUAUUUUUCCACAGACUCCUAAACUCCUAAAUGAUUUACUUUUUGUAUCUCCAAUUGUUAAAGAAAAGCUUGUCAUCACUUUGAAUGUUGUACUUACUCCCGUCAAGCAAAGUAAAGACAUCAUGAAGUUAAGUACAUGUAUUGUACACCCUGUUGCCAGUUUUGUCAGGUACAACUAAAACUCCCUGUAAGCACAAUUACAGAAAUAAGCAUGUGCAUUCUUUCGACCGAUUUAUAAAGCUGUGCACCUGUUUUGGAAAUCUCAGUUGUUGUGGAAACAGAUGCACGUGCACAAGCUUCAUUUCCACUCCCACAUUUAUCCAUAAAUAGUUGUAGGAACGGCCUUUAACAUCCAUCUGUAUGUCAUUACUUCUGUCUGCUCCGACACUCGCCUGUCAGUGAGACGAACGGCAAGGAAGAAAAAGUACAACUGAUUGCAUCACAUCCGUGAGGUUCUCCAACAGCCUCUUAACAGCUGUCGCAAGGCUCGACCUUUUCACUCGUCUUUGGUUAUUUAUAGCAGCCGAACACAUAACUGAACCAUCAUCGCGGUGAUAUCUCAGUAAUCAUUAUUUAACGUCAGAAGAUGAUUAUGAUUAAUCUAUAUAGCUCAUGUUGAAACAGACUGAAAUUCAGGACCGAAUGGAAAGAUCUUUAACAGGGAGGUGAUGCCUCCACUGUAAUAAAAAAGAUUGAAAAAAAUCAUUGCAGGUAAAUAAUUAACGUUAUUUCAUUUGCAUUUUAAUAAAGGCUUUAUAGUCUGCAAAAUGUAUGCUGGUCUGACGUCUGUGUAAAUAGCAGUUUCUGUGGGGGAAAAGAUGGCUUUCCUGCAUAAACAUAGUUAAUAAUACUAAAACCUUUCAUGAAAGUUCUGAUGUGAACACUGCUCAAAGUAAGAUGUUGCUUCAGCUCUGUGGACAUGUUCAGUGACUUAGUUUGUGGUGCUGUUGCACUGUAUCACAUCAUACAGAGAGGUGUUUCAGCAUUUAAGCCUCCUUGCACUUGCUGACAUAAAUGUGGUGGACGAAAUAAUAGAAACACCUGGCAGUAAUCAUGCAAUGCAAUCCAAUAGCAACGCAAACUGCAGAAUAUCAGCCUUUUAUAACCAUCAUGAAUUAUUUAGGUUGUUUUGUUGUGUUCGACUGCAUCAGUUUUGUAUCAGCCAUAGUUGUGCUUCAUUUGUUACUGUAUGCCAAACAAUUAAAUGGUUGAAAUUACUCAUGGUUUGCAUUAAACUUCAGUUUGCCAUUGGUCUUGCACUUGUGCUGUACCUCAUGUUGCUGUAUCUUAUCCAUCAACGGUUAGAGAUUGCGAUUACCCCAAUAUAGAACAUCCUGUAUGCUGUACGGUUUUAGUCAGUGGCUAACAUUCCCUGUAUUUCCAUAGACCUCAUGCUGUCUGUUUAUUUCUAAGUGAUGUAGAUUUUCUGCUGCUGUUUGUGUUUUCUACUUCAAAUUGUCCUCACUUGGAUGCCAUUUAACAGCCACGCAAUAAAUCAU